GAAGUAUCUAGACAUUUGGGAAGCAGUAUUGUAUUUUUGCAGAUUUCCCUUUUACUCUUUUCGUUGUUACUGUGUUACCAUAGUCGUAUACCGGUGUAGCAUUCAUUUCACCGACGAACCUCACCGUUCCGACCGCCGCCGCCGAUGAAUUUGUGAUUGGAGAUGUAACUGGUUUUGCUCGGGAAGAGAAAGGGAUUGCAGGGGGUUAGGUUUUCAUGAGCUGUAGAUAAUAAAUAUAGGGGUUUAACUAAUUUCUGAUAUUUACAGCUGGGUUCUGAUUGGUUUUUAUUUCUCUAAUUACUCGGGUUGGGGGAUUGUAGGGUUGGUUACGGGAUAAUGUGUAUGCUUUGUGUGAUUCAGAAAUGGUCUCGGAGGGUUGCUGCUAUGUUGCCGUGGUUAGUGAUUCCAUUGAUUGGUCUAUGGGCACUAUCACAGGCAUUGCCGCCUGCUUUUAGAUUUGAAAUCACUUCUCCGAGACUGGCCUGUGUUUUUGUACUCUUGGUGACACUUUUCUGGUAUGAGAUUUUGAUGCCUUGGUUGUCGGCUUGGCGGGCAAAGAGAAGUGCUAUGCUUAGGGAGAAGAAGAGGGUUGAAGCGAUUGAAAUGCAGAAGUUGAGGAAAACAGCCACAAAGAGAUGUAGAAAUUGCUUCACUCCAUACAGGGAUCAGAAUCCUGGUGGUGGGAAGUUUAUGUGCUCAUAUUGUGGGCACAUCUCUAAGAGACCAGUCUUGGACUUACCUGUUCCUCAAGGAUUUGACCUUUCAAAUUCUAGGAUUUUGAAUGACUUGGUAGGAAAAAGUGGGAAGAUAUUGAAAGGAAAGGUUCAGUCUGAUAGUGGAUGGAUAUACGGGCAGGAUUGGCUAGAGAACAGAAAUUGGGUUGGGGGUUCUUUCCAGGGGAGAUCAAGUGACUGGGGCAAGAAAGGCACUGGGUUUUUUGUGGAAGAUCAUUAUUUAGCAGAAAAUUAUUGUUCUCGUGUUUUGCUUUUUGUUGUCAAGGCAUUUGCAGCUUUUUUCAUGAGUAUCAUGUGGCUUUACAGAAAGAUUUUUAGGAUUGGUUCUUCCAGAGAUGAUACUUCUACAGAUGCAGAACAGAGAGGAAUGCUGGAUAACAAAGGUGAGAAUGGAGAAAAUUUUCAAGAGCGUAAAGGGGAGAGAGCCCGAAGAAAAGCAGAGGAGAAGAGGCUGGCUAGAUUAGAGAAAGAACUAUUGGAGGAAGAAGAAAGAAUCCAAAGAGAGGAAGUUGCUAGAUUGGUGGAAGAACGCAGGAGAUUGCGUGAUGAUAGGAUGGAGGGUGAGAAAGAACGUGGGAAAGGGCCAUCUGUUAAGGAACGGGGUAGUAAAAAAUCUGGGAAAAAACGUCAAGAGAAGAAGAAAGAAAGAGGCCGAGGAUCUAGCAAAAGCAAUUCAGAUGCUGAAGAAUUGGAAAAAGGACCAAGUAAGGAAUGUGAGCCAAACAGACGGAGUGAGACUGAUCAACAUGAACUACACAGAACACGACCUGAAUUUGCUAAGGCACAGAACGCUGGCGCUGGACAUAGUCUAAGGGGUACUAACACAAGCAACCAUAAUCAUGGAAAUGCUGGAAAUCAUUAUUUGGACCGCAUGAGGGGUUCCUUCUUUUCUUCUUCUAGAGCAUUUACUGGAGGUGGCUUUCUUGGGAAGAGUACUAAUACUUCUAGUAUUCUAAAAGAACGUAAAUCUAAUAUGUCUGUCAACCAUACUGAAACAUUUGCUCAUAGGAGGGAAUCGCCUCAACUAGAUUACAUGUCUGGCAAAGCAACUGUAAAUGUAAAUGAUACGAACAUCAAUCGACAUGUGUUUAUUGAAGCUCAGCCAUCUAUAGCUCCUAAAAAAUCAUGGCAACAGUUAUUUACUCGCUCAUCUGCUGUUUCUCCACCUUCUAAUUCAAAUGUCAUCAGUAGACCUGGUGGGAAGCCUGAAACUGAAGCUCAGAGUGCUCAGUGUACUAAUAACACUCCUUCAGUGCAAGCAUUUUACAAUCCUUUUAAUUUUGGUCUCCCAUCACCUUUUACCUUAUCUUCUUUCUCUUUUGGACCAAAAAAUAGCAAUGCAUCUCUUCCAUUAUCAUCAGAAGGCUUACUUCCUCAGAAUGGAGAACCACGAUCUCCAUUACUGCCUGAGGAAUCGGAGAUUUUUGAAGAUCCUUGUUAUGUUCCAGAUCCAGUAUCUUUGCUUGGGCCAGUUUCUGAGUCCCUUGACAACUUCCAGCUGGACCGAGGCUAUGUGGCAGAUAUGGAACCGGAAAAGAUGCCUGCUACUAGGAAUAUGAACUCAUCGUCUGAAGUGAGCAGGACAUUACGAGUUUCAGAGGAAAGGCAUGGUAGCUCUUUUCUUUCUCCAAAUACUUCUGUGGUUCAGGAUUUGCCCAAUGUGCCGACGGAUGCUUUAAGAAUUGCAAAUGAUGCCGGAACAUGGCAAAUGUGGAAUAGCUCUCCACUUGGUCAGGAUGGUCUGGGUUUAAUUGGUGGGAUUUUGAAUCCAAAAGUGAACAGAGAGGAUCUUGUGCACUAUGCACCUCAGAAGACUAUGGCUUCACUCUUUAAAAAAGAUGAUCAAGUCCUUGGUACUCCAUCUCUAACUGCUUUUACAGGAAGUCGCCAGAGUUUUAGCACAUUUGGUACUUCUAUGCCUGGAAGUAAGGAUGAAAGGUUUUCCAGCUCUUUAUUUGGGACGUUCUCUGGAGGUGAAUCUUGGCAUUCUCUUAAGCCUACUGAGGAAGUUCUGCAGAAUGACAUGAUAUAUGGAAGCCACAGUGUUUGUCAUACUAACCAACCAAUAGAGUUGUAUUCAGCUAAUUCUUCAGCCAACGAGGGGUGGACUCUCCCAGCCUUGCAUGGAAAAGGAGGCGGUGCUGGAAGCUCACCAGCAAGAUCCUCGUUGUUAGAAGCUCACCGGCAAGAUCCCUUGCUGGUGGCCUCUACUCCACCCCAAAUGUACAGUCUCUUUGGUCAUACUACUGAGAAAAUCGAAAAGUAGAUUAAAAAAUGUGGAAAAAUGGGAUAGAGUAUUAGGGAAUUUAGGGCCAAUGGCAUGCCUCCUAUCCUGUGGAGGACAGUUUAGAAUACUGGCUUGACUGUACUCAAUGUAUCUUUUAUUUGUUUGUAAGAGAGAUUUACAAUUUAAAUAGAGUUAUACGACACUUACCGCUUUCAUUUUA